AUGACUGAGGAGGAUGCACAGCCCAUGCCCCAGGUGCUUCUUGUGGGUGAGAAGGACAGCAAGCGGCUCCUGGAAGUGUACGUAAGGAGAAGCCUGAGCCUAAACGAUGGCUCACAAUGUCCUCCUCGGCGGGAAUGCAGACCGAGCAAGUGGGUCACCACUGCCCUGCGAGACAAAAGGGAACGAAAACAUUCCAGCGAUAGUUCCCUUCACAUUAAACACUUAGAUGCUGAUGCUGAGGUGGACCUCGGUAAAGAUGAAGUAUUUUCAGAACCAGAACCAGACAGAACGAUUCAGUUAGGAAAAGAAAACAAACCAAAGCGAUGGACAAGAAAAAGAAACACUGUAAAGAGAAAUGAUGGAUCUUCUGCGUCUCACUGUUCUGGUGAAAAGCCGAGUGCGAAGCCUCGGAAGUGGAUUUUACAUUUUGAUAAGGACAAACGGGAUGCUACACCACCAAGGAAAGAAUCUAAACCAGACUCAGAAGCCUCAGCUGUUUACUGUGUACGAGAUUCAAUUCAAACUGACCAGCUAGAGAGCUCAACAGAGAUGAAGAAGCCAAAAGAAAGCAAGAAGAUGAAGAAGCUUUCAGUAUGGAAGAGUUUUAUUGGAUUGUUCUUCAGAGGAAACACAGACAAGCAUGAGGAACAAGAUGGAGAUGAUGAGGGAACUGAAGAACAUUACCUUCCUUCACCACCUUCAACCCCUCCACCCUCCUGUUUACCUAUCGUUAAUAGUGAUGCUGUCAUCUUGCGCCAGACCAGGUCCUCGAAGAGAAAGCGAUCCCCAAGGAGGCUGUCGUUAAAGAGCCGUAGUGAGGACAUGGGACGAGAUAAGGCAAAUGGGAGGCCAUGUACUCUAGACCUCUCUAGUGAUGUUCAACAAUCCAUGGUGGAAUCAAUUGAGGAAGUUGAACCCACUAGCCUAUACUAUGAAAAAAUGACAGAAGAGCUGCAGAAGAUUGUGAAUGAGGUAAAACACAGCCCAACAGAAGAAAACAGAACCUUCACCGAUUCAGUUCAGCCUACAGAUAUAAAUGGCGUACCCAUGUCUCAAGAAGAUGUUAUCAAAAAAAUUAUUUUUUUGAUAAAGCUGGAAGGUGAUUUUAUUGAUGUCAAGCUAAAGGAAAAUCCCACCAUUGCAUCCUACUUUAAAACUCUUUCCUAUGGCUCCUUUCAACAACUGGCCGAUCAGUAUGUAAAGUCGGAGUUUUCCCAGCAGACCACACAGCCUCCUGUAGCAGCUCCAGAGCUGGUAAAGUUUGCCUUCACACUGGACUUUACAGCCAGAGUGGCUGGACUCUCCCGCCAUGCUCCUGGACACAUUGUCGGCUUUGGAAACCAGUACCUGAAGGAACGGUUUACUUAUAAGAGUGAGAGCAAGCCUCAUUUCAUCGUCUGCACAGAAAAGCAGGACAUCUAAAAAAAAAAUCUAAAAAGUAUGAAUGAGGAUCAGCUUGAUGGAAAGCAGUGAAGCAAGUUAUUUUAUAACCUCAUCAACACAUCACCUAGCUUCUCAACCUGAAGAUUUUUAUGCAUUAUAAUGUAAAGUUUGAAAAAGCUGUAGAGCCAACAAUCAGUGAAAUUCAUAUUAAUAACUAUUUAUUGCUAUUUAAGCAUCCAAUCCAAAAAAUCAAUGUAAAUACUGGUCUAGAGUUUUAUACCAGUAUGAUCUUAGGACAUGUUUAUUAAACAAUGAUCAGCUUUCUUGUACACUCUCGUCACUGAUUUAUAGCUAAGGCAACUAUUUCGGAAGGAGAAAUUAGAACAAAACUUAUCAUGUGUAACAGCACUAUUUAUUAAGCACUUUUUGUAUAUUUUGAAAUGUACUGUGAAUGUGUGUGCAGGCAUACAC